AGCUGAAGAAAUUAACAAGGAUCAUCAAGAGCUAGCAGCCAGUAACAUUGGAAAAUGGCUACCCCACAACAAUCUUUGCUAGACAAGCCUAGAAAAUCCUUUUCCAAAACUUUCUGGUUAUUCCUCUCUUUAGCUGCUAUCAUAAGUUCCUCAGCCCUUAUUGCUUCUUAUCUCAAACCCACCUCCUUCAACCUCUUCUUGUCACCUCCCAAUGGCUGUGAACAUGCACUUGACGCAUCAUCAUGCUUAGCUCAUGUUUCAGAAGUAUCUCAAAGCCCCAUCUCAGCCACCACAAAAGACCCCAAACUGAAUAUUCUCAUAUCCUUAAUGACCAAGUCCACCUCACACAUUCAGGAAGCUAUGGUCAAAACCAAAGCUAUCAAAAACCGCAUUAACAACCCUAAAGAGGAGGCAGCUUUGUCUGACUGUGAGCAGCUAAUGGACUUGUCCAUAGACAGAGUGUGGGACUCAGUUAUGGCUCUAACCAAAGACACCACUGAUUCACACCAAGAUGCACACGCAUGGCUAAGCGGUGUGCUCACGAACCAUGCAACUUGCUUGGAUGGACUAGAAGGUCCAUCACGGUCACUAAUGGAGGUUGAGAUUGAGGACUUGAUUUCAAGAUCAAGAACUUCUCUAGCCCUACUUGUUUCUGUUUUGGCUCCAAAUGGUGGUCAUGAACAAUUCAUCGAUGAGCCACUAAAUGGGGACUUUCCAUCAUGGGUGACCAGGAAGGAUCGGAGGCUGUUGGAGUCUUCGGUAGGGGACGUAAAUGCCAAUGUUGUGGUGGCUAAGGAUGGGAGUGGCAGGUUCAAGACUGUGGCUGAGGCUGUUGCAUCGGCACCUGACAGCGGUAAGACAAGGUAUGUUAUCUAUGUGAAGAAAGGAACCUAUAAGGAGAACAUUGAAAUUGGUAAGAAGAAGACGAAUGUGAUGCUCACUGGGGAUGGUAUGGGUGCAACUAUUAUCACCGGGAACUUGAAUGUCAUCGAUGGAAGUACCACGUUCAAAAGUGCCACUGUUGCUGCUGUGGGCGACGGGUUUAUAGCCCAAGACAUUUGGUUCCAAAACACAGCAGGACCACAAAAGGAACAGGCAGUGGCUCUUCGUGUUGGAGCAGACCAAUCCAUCAUAAACCGUUGCCGAAUUGACGCUUACCAAGACUCUCUCUACACUCAUACCAAUAGACAGUUUUACCGAGACUCCUUCAUCACAGGUACCGUUGACUUCAUCUUCGGAAACGCAGCUGUUGUGUUCCAAAAGUGUAAUAUAGUGGCCAGGAAGCCCAUGAGUAACCAAAAAAACAUGCUCACGGCCCAAGGGCGUGAAGACCCAAACCAAAACACAGGAACUUCAAUUCAGCAAUGUAACCUGACACCAAGCCAGGAUCUUAAGCCCGUUGCGGGAUCCAUCAAAACUUACUUGGGUCGCCCAUGGAAGAAGUACUCAAGAACUGUUGUGAUGCAGUCCUCCAUUGAUAGCCAUAUUGAUCCAACAGGAUGGGCUGAGUGGAAUGCUGAGAGUAAGCACUUUCUGCAAACGUUGUAUUAUGGAGAAUACUUGAACAGUGGAGCAGGUGCUGGUACUGGUAAAAGAGUGAAUUGGCCUGGUUACCAUGUCAUCAAAACAGCAGCUGAGGCUAGCAAGUUCACUGUAGCACAACUCAUCCAAGGUAAUGUUUGGUUAAAGGGCAAGGGGGUUAACUUCAUUGAGGGCCUUUAGAUGUAUAAAGGCUUCAGCAAGCUAGUGUUUUUUUUUUUUUUUGCUAGUGUGUUUUUGUUCCAGAUGUGCUGGAGUUUUCGUGAAAUAAUGUUCAAAACUUGUGUUGUAUUGGAGAAUGAUGUUUUAUGAAGGCUGUGAUUUAAUAAA